AUGAAUACAAAGCUUUAAAAUAAAACUAAUAAAAAAAUAUCAUUUGUGGAUUCUGCUGGAAGUCCAAAAUAAUCAAAAUAAAAUACAAACAAUUAGAUUGACUCAUAAAAAGAGAUUAGCAGUGAAUUUAUUAUUAGAUAAAAAGUAUAUGAGAAUCUAUAUAAAUACCCUGAAUUCAAAAGUGAAAAAUCACUAAAUUUAUCAGAAAGAGGAGAAACUCGAUCUAGUAAAUUUAGAACAAUUAUUGAUGACGCUAAAUCAAAAUAUCUUAAUUCCAAUUUACAAUCAAACAAAUACUAUAUAGAAAAGUAACAAAGCUCAAUGAAAUUAAUAGCUGAUUAAUUUAGAAAUUAAAAGAAGCUCCAAAACAAAGGUAAUUUAAAAUAAACAUAAACACCAAAAAAAAUAAAGCUAAAUUUGAUUUUGUCCCUAGCUAUACCAAUACUAUGCAUUAUUGUAAUAAUUUUUGAAUUAUUAAAACAGGAUUUGAUAAUUUUCUGA